CCGGUGGGGCCGUCCGGGGACCUGGGGGGGGCGAUCCGGUGACGGGGGGGUGGCUCGGGGGUCUGGGGGAAGCGGUCCGGUGGUGCGGGGGCAGUCCGGUGGCCGGGAGGACCGGCUACCCCCUGCGGCCCUCCCGCCUGCCGCUGCCCGGCGUGUCACCGUCCCGGCCCCAGCGGCAGCGCGCCGCUAACCGUGACUGGAAUCGCUCCCGUAAGGACGCAGGGCCGUGCGGCGGCUCCCGCGGUGACGAGCGCUCGCCGGUUUCAGCGGUUUAUCCUCUCCGCCCGCGGGGAGCGAGGGGCUUCGGUGAGGCGGGGGCUGCGGUUACCGUCAAAGCGGGCCCCCCCGGGGCUGCCGUGAUCCUGGGGUAGCGCUGCCCGCCCGCUGCAGCCGUUGGGUAACGCCGGCGGAGGGGGCGGGGGCGCCGGGUCCUUUAACGGGCGGGGCGAGGCGGGGGCGGUGCUGUCGCGUUCCGGGCCGACCCGAAGCUCCAGCAGAACAAGAACCGCCUCCGCCCCGGCCCGCAGCCGGCCUGCCAGGCGCAACCCGCACCCGGUCAGAUGCUUCCAUCGGUGGCGAGGAAGAGGAGCAGAGUCGGAACCUGCUAAGUGCUGAUCUGCUUGUGCUCCGGACCAUGGACUCAUUGAGGGCGUCCCAGGUGUGAAAAUGUACAGCAGUAACCGGGAGUUAGUGAUUGACUUUGUUUCCUACAAGCUCUCACAGAAAGGCUACAGCUGGAGUCAGCUGGAGGAGGAGGAUGAGAACAGGACUGACUUUGCAGGGGAGGAGGACGAGAUGGACGGGGUCCUCAACGGGAGCCCCUCCUGGCACGCGGCCACCAGCCACAUAGUGAACGGAGCCACCGUGCACCAGAGCAGCCUCGAAGUCCACGAGAUCCGUCGAGCAGCCGACGUGAGGCAGGCGCUGAGAGAGGCGGGGGAUGAGUUUGAGCUGAGGUACCGGCGGGCGUUCAGCGACCUCACUUCCCAGCUCCACAUCACUCCCAGCACAGCGUAUCAGAGCUUUGAGCAGGUAGUGAACGAACUGUUCCGCGAUGGAGUGAACUGGGGCCGCAUCGUGGCUUUCUUCUCCUUCGGAGGAGCCCUGUGCGUGGAGAGCGUUGUUAAGGAGAUGCGGGUAUUGGUGAAACGCAUCGUGUCUUGGAUGACCACGUACUUGACCGACCACUUAGAUCCCUGGAUCCAGGAGAAUGGCGGAUGGGAGCGCUUUGUGGACCUCUAUGGGAACGAUGCUGCUGCCGAGGUGAGAAAAGGACAGGAGACCUUCAACAAAUGGCUCCUGACCGGGGCGACGGUGGCCGGAGUGCUUCUGCUGGGAUCCCUGCUGAGCCGCAAGUGAGCCGCCGCCGAGCCCCCGUGGCCAGGACGGCUGCGCCUUCACCGCCACAUCCACUACACUCCGCUCCCGAGCACCGGCACCGGGCCAGCCCCUCCAUCCCGGCCGAGCACCUGCUCCAGGGAGUUUUCUCCCUCGUGCCGCCAGCUCCUUUUAUUGUAGCCUGUCUUAUUUACUGUUCCGUUGUGUUUUAAAGGCGCUGAGGCCAAUGCAGCACUUCAGCCACCAGCUCCCAGCGCUGGGGAGAUCCAGGCAGCUGGGGGGGGGCACAGGCUAGAAGGUGUCCCAGCCCUGCAGGGUUCUCCAAAUAAUUUGGAAGAGAAUAAACAGACUUAUUUUUGCAUGUGUGAGUGCGUGCGUGUGUGUAGAUGUGUCACUAAUAUAAAGUUCCCCAGCCAGAGCAAGGGUCAGGCUCCGUGCCCCCAUCUCUGGCACGCUCAAGCACCAGGAAGAGGCAGGCUACCCAGCAGGAUGGAGCUUCCCUGCAGCAUCCCUAUCCUGUCCUUGCUUCUCCAGUCAGAGCUCAUCCCUGUGGCAGGGGGAGCAAGAGGAGGAGGCAGAGGCCGGAGGUGGGGGGCUCUGCCCUUGGUCAGAAUUCCUUUCUCCCCACAUACUCAGUUGCUGGGAGCUGUGGCCUGUCCCAGAUGAGGACGGUGUGCCAGGCCCAGGGCUGUGCAUGGUUUGAGGGGUUCUUUGUCCUCUUCCUCCUCCUCACUCCAAAUGUAGAUGGCUGUGGGACAGUGCUCAUCCCUUCCCAGCCUGUUCCUCUGGGCUGGUAAAGGAAGGAGACAGGAGAGGGGGAAAUUGCUUGUCCCUGGCACAAAGGGCUUUGCAGAGAGCUGGGGCUGUGGUGUCCAGGAAUCCAGAGCUGGGGAUUGGAAGGGUCAGGGGAAGCACCUUCACAGGGGUGGCAAAGCCCAGGGAGCAGCUGAUUCAUGAGAUUAGCAGGGAAGCAAGCCCAGGGGAGAUGGAAGUGAGGGCUGACACUGGCUGAAAGCCAUCUCCACCUCUGGGGAGCCUCUUUGGGGACAAUAGGAGCUGUUGGCCUCUCCACUGCUGUUCCCCAUGUUCCCAGUCCCGUAGUGCAGGCAGAUCCCUGUGCCCAAGCGUGGCUGUGAUGGCUGCAUGCAGUGACUGAGGUGUCUGGCUUCCCUCCCCCUCAUUCCCACGCUGCUCCUUCUGCUGCUGGAGCAGGGAACCUCUGGCCUUCGAGCUGAAAUUAGCUUCCAGAAUAGACGCCCUCAUCCUUCGGAGCCCACCGCGGGCAGACACAGCUGGCUCAGCUUGUCCGUGUACAUACUGCCCGCGCUCUGCUGUACAUAUACGAGUAGUUUUUAAUUCAUUUGUGAAUACUAUUAAUGCUAUUUUUGUUAUCUUGUCUGUCCGUAUUUAUGUGUGGGACCGUGCUCCCUGCAGAGGCCAAGCUGGGAUGGAGGUGAGGGGAGAACCGGAGGUUCCAGGGGAGCUCACUUGGCCACUGAGCACGGACUCGCGCUCCUCAUGUCGGAGCCACUCAGGUCCCGCAUGGGGAGCACGAGGAUUAGCAUUAGCCCAUUGAACGCUUCGGUUUGCAGGUGGAGGUGAAUCCACAAAUAAAUUUGUCAUUCGA